CGCCCCCGAGCGCACGAGCCGUCUUCUGACCCGGCGAGCACACGCCGCGAUCUCGACUCAAGCAACGCAGGCCAGACCAAAACCAUGGCGGCCAACCACCACCUCCGCCGGCUCGCCUCCGCGUCCGCCCCCGCUCUCUCCCGCCUCUCCAAGCCGGCCCCCUCGCCGCUCCUCCGCUCCGCGUUCUCCAGCUCCGCCUCCCCCGCGGAUCAGCCGCCGGCCGCUGCGGCCCAGAAGGGCGAAGCCCAGAGCGCCGUGAAGGAGGCAGACGAGGCGCAGGGCGGUGGUGGUUCCGGCGCCACGAAGGCUGCGGAGGAGGAUGACGGCGGCCUGGACAUAAACGAGGCCACGGGCGAGAUCGGCGGCCCGCGCGGGCCCGAGCCCACCCGCUACGGCGACUGGGAGCGCGGCGGCCGCUGCUCCGAUUUCUGAGGGUAAGCUUUCUCCUGGAUCCCUGCUACUUUGUACUCGUAAGGAUGGCAUGGCGGUGGUCGUGUGUCCAUGUUACUCUGUUUGGGGAAUAAGUUCAGACAUCUGGCUCUUGUACUGAACAACGGUUCUUAAGUUUCAGAGUAC